AGCCCGUGCAGUGCAUAUUUACAUAGUUGAGUUUGAAGAGGUGGGUCUAGAGCUAAAAACUAAAAUAGAAAGUCCUUAACUACAAUAUACACCUAACGUUAGAGGAGCUCUGCUAAUGACAUUUUUCAAUUGACGACUAAAGCAAACUUUGUCCGUCCGUAAUUAGUUAGGAAUCGAUCGAUUUGUGCUAAAAACGUGGCUUGUUUUGGAUUUAACAUGUGAAUUUUCCAGCAAGAGAGAGAGAGUUUUAAUUUGAAAUAGUGAAGUGCUAAUUGGUAAAUUAAAUGGGAAGAGAGAGGAUUUCGUAAUUAAGUAAUCGCCCGUCACUUCAUCAUCGUGAUUUCGUCGAGUAAUUGUAAUCAUGGCAUUUUGCCGGUGCAGAUCCGUAGCUUGUUGCUGUCUUGAUUCGAGGACGGGGUCGGUUUUGACGGGAAUGCUGAAUUUGGUGUUCGGGACGGUGGGGCUGGUGUCCUUAUACUUCAUUCUGACGGGAUUAACGCAGGAAAUGAAUCAACUUCAGAGAACGGAAAGACUCUCCUCAAAAAUUGAGCAAAAGCUCGACGAUUUGGCGGAACGCUACUGGGCCAUCCUGCUUUCCUACGCGUUCUCUUCUGUAGUCACUUUCCUCGUUGGAAUUACCGUCAUACUGUCAACGGUGAAGAACAACGAGUACCUCCUCCUGAUCUCAGUCGUGAUGAGUGGCAUUUUAAUAAUUGCCGUAUUUUCCAUCAGCGUCAUUCUUUUCGUGCUCUCCUUCCCGUCGUCAUUUAUCGCCCCACACUGGAUUUGGGGCCUCGUCCAGACCUACUUCAGCAUGGUGCUCCUCACAUAUCGAAACGACAUUGUGCACUAUAAACCGGAAAUUCAUGAAGAUAACGACUUUGACGAUGGUGACGAAUAACCAUUAAAUCCUUAUCUGUAACCUAAUUGAUAACUAUAUAACUACUUGACAAAAUUGUGAUAUUAUUAUUAUUAUUAUAUGUCAGUGCAGCGGACGAUGAGUGAAAGAAAUGUUAAUAAAUGAAUUAUUCGUUAUGUUAAAACAGG